UCUGACUAAGCUUUGAUUCACAACUUCUGUCAUUCCUCACUCUCUCUGCAGAUGACUCACCCUCACGUUGUAAAUGGGCAUGUAUAACCAGACAUGGGUGACUGAAUUUAUUCUCCUUGGUCUGUCCAGUGACUGGGACACUCAGGUGUCACUCUUUGUCCUGUUCCUGGUCAUGUACCUGGUGACAGUGCUGGGGAACGUGCUCAUUGUUCUUCUGAUCAGACUGGACAGCAGACUCCACACACCCAUGUACUUCUUCCUCACCAACCUCUCCAUUGUAGACGUCUCCUAUGCCACCAGCAUCGUCCCCCAGCUAUUGGUGCAUUUUCUCUCAGAACAUAAAGCCAUCCCCUACCUGAGCUGUGCAGCCCAGCUGUUUUUCUCCCUGGGCCUGGGUGGGAUUGAGUUUGUUUUACUGGCGGUGAUGGCGUAUGACCGCUAUGUGGCUGUGUGUGACCCCCUCCGGUACUCGGCCAUCAUGCACGGAGGGCUGUGCACCAGGCUGGCUGUCUCCUGCUGGAUCAGUGGCUCCAUCAACUCUAUGUUGCAGACUGCCAUCACCUUUCAGCUUCCCAUGUGCACAAACAAUAUUAUUGAUCACCUAUCCUGUGAACUCUUAGCUGUGGUCAGGCUGGCCUGUGUGGACAUAUCUUCCAAUGAGGUCGCAAUCAUGGUUUCCAGCAUCGUCCUCCUGAUGACACCCUUCUUCCUGGUUCUCUUGUCCUACGUCCGGAUCAUCUCCACUAUUCUGAAGAUCCAGUCCACGGAGGGAAGGAAGAAGGCCUUCCACACAUGUGCCUCUCAUCUCACGGUGGUGGUCCUGUGCUACGGUGUGACUAUUUUCACUUACAUCCAGCCCAAUUCCAGCCCCAACGUUUUACAGGAAAAGCUAAUCUCCAUCUUCUAUGCUGUUUUGACACCCAUGCUGAACCCCAUGAUCUACAGCCUGAGGAACAAGGAGGUGAAGGGGGCCUGGCAGAAGCUCUCAGGACAGUUCUCUGGGCUAAGAUCAAAAUUGUCAGCUUGA